AUACAAUAUUCCAUGGGUGGUGGUGGAGUCCAUCAAAUUAAAAAUUUGCCAUAUUUUGGUAAUAUUCAAGUCAAUAAAGAAGAGCGCUAUUGCAUGGAAAUUAAAAUUUGCCAGUUUACCGAUCCAUCAUUUAUAAAUAUCAAACAUAAUGAAGUUGAUAUGGAAUCGCCACUAUGGAAAAAAAUAACUGAAAAUCAAAAUAUUGAAGAUAGAAAAAUGAACAGUUACACAAAAUAUUUGGCAAUUAAAGAUGAUGUUUAUAAAUUUAAAAAUGAUAAUGGAAUGUGUCCUGGAAAACCAAUUUUAUGCAAAUCACGUAUUACUAGUAUUCAAAAUAUAUAUCAAUG